AACUUCUAAAUCGUCCACUUUAGUCCUUAAACUUUCAAUUUCAGUCUCAAUCUCAUCCAUCCCCCUUGAUUAUUCACAACGUGGACACAGGAUGCUCUAAAAUUCCAGGGUUGCCCCUCGCUCCCUCGUCAAACAACCAGCGGACUCACGGCGCCGUUUUGUUCCGUCGUCUCUUCCCGUUUCCUCUAUCCUCUCUUGUUCCUCAUGGCGGCUGCACAGGUGCAUUAGGGUUCUUCGCGUGCGGACGGCUGCAGUGUGGUGGGACGGCGCAGCGCUCGGGUUGGAGGCACACUACGUUGACUGGUGGAGGGGCACCCCUGCUCCUCCUGCCUCUGGCUGAGGUGGACGUGCUCCACAGACUGGUGCAAAACAAUGUCUGAAUUUGAGGUACUAGAAGUUAGAUUCCAUUUUAAUGGGGAAUUUGUUUUUGAUGCAUCGAACUUAUCGUAUUGCAAUGGGAAUUUUGGAGUUUCCCACAUAGAGAAGGACAAGAUUUCUGUCCCUGAACUUGAAGGCCACUUACUGGAUCACACAACAUUUCCUAGAUCUGUUAGGAUGUAUUGGUUGCCAUAUGGUGCAGAACUGAAUAGUGGAAUGAGGUUACUUGUAGAUGACAAGUCAUGUUUGGACAUGAUUAAUGAGCUGGGAAGUGCUAGGGCAUUGGAUAUAUACACUGAAUCAAUUAGUGUUUACAGUGGUGGGAAUGAAGAAACUGAGACACAGUAUGCAGAUGAGGAGGUAUUUGCCCUAUUUAGAGAUGAUAAUAUCAUGGAUUUGGAUCAUGUAGAGCCUGCUCGAGAUGUUAAUAUGAUGUGCUUGGAAGGUCCGACACAUGGUCAUGAUGGUCCAACACCUGGCAAAGAUGGUUUGGAUGAAGGAGAAGAGGAAUCAGAAUCAGAGAGUGGUUGUGAUGGAACAGGUUUCACAACUGAUGAAGAUGAUGAAGUUAGAGAGAUAAGAACCAAAUACAAAGACUUUAUGGCAGAAGUAAAAAAGAGAGGAGAUAUUCCAUUGGACAAUCCAAUUGAGGUGGAUGGAAUACAAUGUGCUGUUCCAUACAGUAAUCAGGUCUUAGAAGAUGGAGAUGGUGUUGAAUACUUUGAUUUAGAUGGUGAUGCAUCAUAUGAUGAGGAUAGUGAUGGUGUGAACUUCAUAACAGCAAGAAAACGCUAGAUCACAUAAUCCUCCUACCACCAAUGCAACAAGUCAAUAAAGCUCAUUGCCAAUUCAACAUGCACAUUCCAAUCGAUCUAAAGGAAAAUCUGUAGCAACAUCAUCAAGUCAGAGUAAAAUGCCUGAGGGUUCAUCAUUCAGACAGGUUAGUAAGUAAUGACGACAUGUACAUAAGUAAAUUGAGAGUUUGCCUAAUAUGGCUUUGUUUUUUGCAGUCUGGCAAUAAGAGAAGACAUAUAUCUUAUGGGGAGACUGCUUAUGCAUCUGCAAAGUCAAGUGCUAAAGCAUCUGCGAAGGUAUCUACUGGAGGUAGUGCUUAUGUUGUCAUCGAAACAAAUGCUGGGACUGCUUGCUCAUUUGCAAAGGCAACAAUCAAUGUGCAAGGUGGACGUGCCUCUGCAAACAUCCAGUCCAUUUCACUUGGCUGUGGAUCAGUCUCAGGGCAAAGCAACUCAUCUAAGAGAAAAACAACAAAGCUGCUGCCUUCAAAUAACAAGAUGUAGUUGGAAAGCCAUAUUAUAUUUGUUUCAAUGUAGUGCUUUUGUACCACCUUAAAUUUGUGUGUAAACCAUGAGCAUGAGCCACGGACAAUUUGUUUCUGGAGAUGACAAUCGACAAACUUGAACAAUUUGAUUCUGCA